GUUGUCCUUUGUUCAUCACCAACCGACCCCACACCACCAAUCCCUCCCAGUGGCAUGACUUGCCCUGUGUGUCAAACCAGUUAAGACUCCGAUGCUUGUGAUGGAGAUAUGACGAUUUUCCCACAACGAUUCGAUUGAGAGCGCAGAGCGGAGGAACAUGGAGGCACCGUCGUCUCCAGCGAUGGCCCACGAGCCAUCCAACAUUUCCAAGGUCAACUCGGAGAAGGAAACUCACAGGCCAAAGAACAGGAGGAGAAGUAGAAAAGGCUCCCAAAAUACCGUCACGCAACUUCCCUCCCCGAUCUUGACACCGAGCGAUCUCCCACCGAGACAAGCCCCAGAGAUAAACAUCCCACGGGAGCGAGCCGCAUCAACUCCGACCACCGGCGUACCAACACCGGACCCGUCCGGCGAGAGCCAAAGCGAUGGCGAUCAGUCUCGUGUACCUACCUUGGCCGCGCUUGCCGCACCUGCUUCAACAUGUGCGAUCGAUGUUGACGAGGUCACAAAGACCCGAAGCAGGUCAAACACGAAGACGAGUAACCCAGAUGGGGUCAGGCGACUCUCGGCGUCCAAAAUGCAGGAAUUGACUGCCGCCCCGGAGUCCCUCCCUAUUUCCGGCAUCGCAAAACGUACAAUUGGGGAUCCUCCGCUCACCGCUGGCAUCGUCGAGGCAAGCCGCCGGCUAUCGAAGGCUACGGAGGACCGCUCGGCGCACCUCGCCCACGCCGAGUUCCUACGAUCGGAGCAACGGGAGGACACGGGAAACGGGAGGCUGGCGCAGGGAAGGCCGAUAAUAAAUGGACGCACACUCUCUACACCACCAAUGAGUAGACGGAAGACAACAAGUCAACCGCCCACAACCCAGCCUGCGGUUCAGCAGUCCUCCCGUCGCAAUUCCUUCCAGCCGGGCCCGCGACCGGCUGCUCUCGAGUUUGACAACCGAAAUACCCACGGCCCGCCAACAGAUAGGGCUGCCCUGCCGCCCAGAAACGACAAAGUCGAGCCGGCCCCUCCGUCCCCGAUCCCGCCGACAAUCCCCCUCCCGCCCAUGUCCAUACCGACGCUAUUGCAGCUGGAACUAGCCGCGCAGCGACCGAGCCCCCUGUAUAUCCACCACUCCUACGCGAAUGACAUGCCAUAUGAAUCCAGUGCCAUCAAGUUUGAACGCCUGAAAAACUUCUUGCUUUUGCCCUGGUACCUCGAGAGAGCUAUGACGUUUGGCGCCGCCGCCUGCUUCGACGCCUGGUUGUGGACGUUCACCGUACUGCCCAUGCGAUUUUGCAUCGCAGCGUCCGUGCUAGUCCGUUGGUGGGCAUACGUUGUCGGUAAGGAGUUACGGUGGAUGGUGGACUUCGUCUGGUACGGACUGGGACGGAUGUGGCGGCGAGGGCGUCGGGGGCGUGCCCCAUCAAGUGCAGGCGGCCAAGACAGCCGGGCUGAGGAAUCAAGGAGCAGAAGCAGAGCGCGAGAUGGUCGGAAUGGCGCUGCGCAUGCUUCAGGGGUUUCUGGUGGCAGACCCGAGUCCGGUUCUCGCCGCCCAGGCAGCCGCCGUGUUUCCGGACCCGGCACAGCUGCCGCGUCGAAUAAACCGAGCACCAGACCCUCAGGGCUAUUCCGUCACCGCCGGACAAAGUCGAGCCCCUCGGACCUUACCUCGUACCACAAGGCCGACCUCCUCCAGGGCGCCAUCCUCAUCUGCAGCUCCAUAGCCCUGAUGAACCUUGAUGCUAGCCGAAUGUACCACUUCAUCCGGGCCCAGUCGGCCAUCAAAUUAUACGCCAUCUACAACCUCCUCGAGGUCGGCGACAGGCUCCUUUCAGCUCUCGGGCAAGAUAUCUUCGAGUGCCUCUUUAGUACCGAGACGCUCUCCCGGAACAGCUCCGGCCGCUCCAAGGUGAUGCUCCCAUUGGGCAUGUUCUUGCUCGCGCUCGUCUACAACAUCCUGCACUCGGUCAUUCUAUUUUACCAAGUCAUUGCGCUCAACGUGGCUGUCAACUCGUAUUCCAAUGCUCUCCUGACGUUGCUGCUUUCGAACCAGUUCGUCGAGAUCAAAAGCGCAGUAUUCAAGCGUUUUGAGAAAGACAAUACGUUCCAGCUCGCCUGCGCCGACAUUGUCGAGCGUUUCCAGCUGUGGAUCAUGCUGAUCAUCAUCGGCAUGCGCAAUGUCGUCGAGGUGGGCGGCCUGUCCGUGCCGGGCGCCGGGAGUGAGGACAGCGGGCCGAGCAGCAUCCCGCUGCACACAUCGUCGAUCCUACCCGCUAGCUUCACAAUCCUGCCCACGUGGCUGUGGUCGGGCGAGGUUCUGUCUCCUUUCAUCGUGGUCAUCGGGAGCGAGAUGAUAGUCGACUGGAUCAAGCACGCCUACAUCAACAAGUUCAACAACAUCAAGCCGACAUUUUACGCGCGCAUCCUCGACAUUCUCUGCAAAGACUACUACACCAACGCCUUCGUAACCCCCUCCCUAACCCGCCGCCUCGGCCUCCCUCUCCUCCCGCUCUCCUGCCUCUUCAUCCGCGCCUCGGUGCAAAUCUACAACAUGUUCCUCGCCACGCACCUGCCCACCCCGCUCCCGCCCACCACACAAACCUCCCUAUCAGUCGAAAAUGCGACCCCCUCCCCGGCCAUGCGCGCCGCCCUCGGCCGCAUCGACCACCUCAUCCGCAACGCGCUCGGCCGCUCCGUCUUCGGCUACCCGUACGCGACCGGCGACCAGCCCCUCGACGGCAACGGCACGGGCGACAUACCCAACAACAAUGGGGCACCGGCGAGCCUGCUGGCGGGGUGGCUGCCGCCGUUCAGUAGCGACGACGCGAUCGCGGCGCUGACCAUGGUGGUGGUGUUUUUGCUGCUCUUCCUCGUCCUGCUGGUCGUCAAGCUGCUGCUGGGCAUGGUGCUGCUGCGGUACGCGCGCGACCGCUACGCGCGCAUGAAGGCGAAGGAGCACGCCGUGGCCGCGGGCGCGGCAGAGCGCGAGUCGUUUGAUGCGCGCGGAAAGCGGGUCGGUGGGUAUGGGCAGGUGGAGGUCGGGGAUGAUAGGAGGCGGUGGAUCUUUGGGGAGGAUGCGGAGGGGUUGAGGAAGGCGAGGGAGAAGGAGCGGAAGGCGGAGGCGAAUGUGGAGCGGGAUAAGGAGAAGGACUUUGGGAGGGUUAUGAGGUAUGAGAUGAUUGCGAGGCGGAUAUGGUAAUGACCUGUUCUUGUUUUUUGUUUUAUUGUAAUGGCCGUGUUUAUCUGCAUUAAAUAGCAUUGCCCGGCGUUCUGAAUGUACUCAUACA